AUGACUCCAGAAGCGACUCCAGAACGACAACGUACCAAAAUUUAUGACGACAAAACACCAAAAAUGAUGACUCCAAAAGAGCAACUCCAAAGUGAUAAUACACUGAAAUCUACAAGACCCAAAAGAGCGACUUCAGAGCAACGACAUACCAAAAUCCACAAGGCCCAAAAGGGCAACUCCAGAGCAAAG